UCCUUACCGUUUCUUUUUCUUUCCUUCUUAAGAUUUUUCUGGGUAUUUCUAAUAUACAAAAAUAGUUUCUUUCUUUGUUUUACUGUGGUUUAUUCGUUUGAUGCCCCCUUGAAUCGAUGUGCUAUAUCCUGACAUGAUUGAUCUGGAUUGAGCUGUCCUUUGUUUCUUGCUUUCUACCAUUGGUGCUACUAUAGGAUCUCAUCUCAAUUAGCAAACUAUUUUGGUUCCUCUUUUCUCUCCUUUUGUUUCCAUAAUCAUCAAUCCAAUAAUUUCAAGUCUUUUUCUCCUUAAAUUUCUUUCGUGUAACCAUCUCACCUCAAUAUUACUGCUGCCGUCUAAUCUGUGGUCACAUCUUUGGGAUAACUGCGGCUGUGGCUCUAGCUUUCAAUCAUACGGCUGCAUCUUGAUUCCAUUUAAUGUUAAUUGAUAUGGGAUGAGGAUUAUGUGGGAUUAUUUCUAGCAAUCGUUGUGCAAUCUUUGGAAACGUCCUAAUUUUUUUCAGAAAUACAUAAUCCUGUUCUGGCAAAAUCACCCGCAAUAUCAUUGCAAUUCAUAUCCAGAUGCUAGCUUAUAAAAGAACUCUGUGGCCUAAUCAAUUCGUGCGUGACUAAGCAUCAGCUUUUUAGCAUUUCUUUCACUCGAAUGUGAUGAUGGUUCAUAUUCACUAAAGGGAAGCUGCUGAUUCGGUUUUGUACUGCUUGUGGGAUCUCCUUCACGGCUUCACAACUUUUAAACCAUGGGGGAGUGGAUCAUUGGAGCCUUCAUUAACCUCUUUGGAAGCAUUGCUAUCAACUUUGGAACCAACCUUCUUAAAUUAGGUCAUAACGAGAGAGAGAGGCAUUCUGUGCUAGAAAGUGAUGGAACAAGCGGAAAGCUGCCUUUGAAGCCUAUUAUAUACUUUCACACUUGGAGAGUUGGAAUUUUAUUUUUCCUUCUUGGAAAUUGCCUUAAUUUCAUUUCCUUUGGAUAUGCCGCUCAGUCUCUUCUUGCGGCCCUGGGAUCUAUUCAAUUUGUGUCCAAUAUUGCAUUUGCUUAUUUUGUGCUGAACAAAAUGGUCACUGUCAAUAUACUUGUUGCCACUGCUUUUAUUGUCCUAGGAAACAUUUUUCUCGUUGCCUUUGGCAACCAUCAGUCACCUGUUUAUACACCAGAACAGUUGGCGGAGAAAUACAGCAACAUUUCAUUCCUUCUUUACUGUCUGAUUUUGAUCGUCAUUGUUGCCUUACAUCACUCCAUCUACCGGAGAGGAGAGCUUAUGCUUACUGUUUCUGGGCAUGAUCUUAGACCAUUUUGGCAUAUGCUGCUUCCUUUUUCCUAUGCUAUAGUUUCAGGUGCUGUAGGAUCAUGCUCAGUAUUAUUUGCAAAAUCUCUUUCUAAUCUGUUACGAUUGGCGAUGUAUAGUGGUUAUCAAUUACACGGCUGGUUCACGUACUCCAUGCUUCUUUUAUUUCUUAGUACAGCUGGAUUCUGGAUGACAAGGUUAAAUGAAGGAUUGUCUCUGUUCGAUGCAAUUCUUAUUGUUCCCAUGUUUCAGAUUGCUUGGACUUUCUUCUCCAUUUGUACAGGAUUCAUAUACUUUCAAGAAUAUCAGGUAUUUGAUGCACUAAGGACAACAAUGUUCAUACUUGGAAUGAUGUCUGUCUUCAUAGGCAUUUCUUUGCUGGCACCUGAUGAAUCAAAAGGUAGUGACGGCAAAGAUAAUUCAUCUUUAGUUUCUGUGGUGUCUUCAAGCAUUUCAACAGAAGUGGAUAGGCUGGUUGAGCCAUCUGAAGAUGCACAUAGUAAAGACACGAGAUCAUUUGUGCAAGUAGUGCUGAUGAAGAUUACAGAUAUAAUAGCCAAGGCAAAGAGUGCUUGUGCAUUGUCACUAGGUAUUGGGGAAGAUUCAAUCAAUGCAUCCGCAGUUCUUGUGAUGCCCAUGGUGUCAUCAAAGAUAACGGGCUUUAGAGGAAGUAGGUUUGACCGGGCCAAGAUUAUGUCCUUAAGAAAUUCCGGUUGGACUAAGAUCUCGCUGGAUGAAGAAGCUGCAAAAAUGACCGACAAAAGCGCAGGGUUCUCAGAUAACCUGUAAUAGGAGUAUCAACAAGUCUUGAUCUCCGCCAGAAGUUUAUUUUUUUUUAACUCUUAAUUUGUUUAGGGUCCAUUAUUAUACCACUUAUCCAGAAUUCCUCGCCUCAAAAUUGUGAUAUGUUGUAGUAUUGUAUAUACUUGUCACAUAAUUGAAAGAGGAGAGUAUUUUUUGUUGGGACGUUGUAUCAAAAUAAAAUUUUUAACCGAAA